UAGAAGAAAUUCUGUUUGUUGUUACAAUCGUUAACCAAUAGCAUAUAUCCAUGAAAAUCCCUAUAAAAUUGUCCAAACCGCUGACAGCUUUCUAAUUUAUUUAUUUUCGAGGGAAAAACAAUAAACAUAAAUUCUGUAAGGUUAAAUAACCCUGAAAAAUUGUGUGCAUGUCCUAAAAAUAACAGCUAGAAACCAGAAAAGAGCCGAAAUUAAAGCAGGCAUUACAUAUCACCACAAAAAAAUUGUCAAACCAUUUUAUGAUCCGACAAACCCAAGAAAGUCCUAAUCUAGUUGUGCUCACCGGCUUCUUUUCCCGCCGGUUGGGAAAAGGGGAGAGAAAUCAACCCCUAUUCUCUCCCCCAAUACCCCUUCCGACCGCCCAAUUAUGCCUUGGGUUAUUAUCUCGCUUUCUUCCAAAUUUUAUGACUGCCGCCGCCAUCUCCUCCACCACCACCGCACAGUUAACACCUCUUCCAACGAUUUCCGCCACUGCCAUAUCUUAUAGCCACGUACCUGUGUGCCAUGAUAUUUUUUUCCGCCAUCGAUUUCUUCUACGUCGCCUUCAUUGCUGCCCUCCUCGUUUUGUCUGUUUUCUCUAUUUGCUUCAUACUACUCCUCCGUUUUAAAUCCAGGAGCUCCCGUCAUUUGCAGAACUUCAACUCUCUCUGGACCGUCCGAUUCCUUUUUGUCAUCUUCAUCAUCUUGUGGUCCCUCACCGAAGUGCUACGCCUGCCCUCCUUUCGCAGGUUUUAUUUGUAUCCUCUCUUACCAAAGCUAACGCUGCCCCAGCAAGCCAAUUUCUGCAAAUUCCACCUGGUUCUCUCCUUGGGCUUCUUCGAGCCUGGGUUCCUAAUCAUCCUACUCUUCUUGCUGGAUGUCUCCGUCAAGAAGACAACCCACAAAAGUUUCUUCAGCGUUUUCUACGUCUUCGCCUCUUGCCUUCCCCUUUUCCUUUUACAGGUUUACUUUGUCUUCCUCGGUGGUUUCAAGGUACGUCUCCCCCAACCUUUUCAUCGGAGUUGGUUCAUCCCGGACAUGGACCACGACAAUGAUGCCUUGGUUUUCUGUGACUACCCUUUGCUAAGCACCAUUUUAUUUGGCCUUUUUGGGGUUAUUUUUAUUUUGUCCUUCUUGUUAUCAUUCUGGAAAGUUGUGUCUCAAGUAAUCAACAAGGCCCUCAAGCUCCGUAUCUUUGCCCUUGCUUUAACCAUCCUGGUUGGCUUGCCAUUGCAAGUUCUGCUGAUGGGAAUGUCUGCGUUUUGGAGGCCAGACAAGCCCACCUACAAUAGAAUUGCUGUAACCGUGUUCCUUAUCACCUUCACCUUCGCAGCGGUCGGCGAGGGCAUUUUGGUCAUUAAACCGAUAGCCGACUCGUUAGCUGCCGCUGUCGCACUAGUAGAGCAACAACCUUUACGGGGGAAUGGUCAAGGUGAUGAUGAAAGCUCGUCACCACCACCGCCUGCGGAGGAUGGUCCCACUGCUACCAAGUGCGAUGCCUGAGACAUAGCUAUGGAUUUCAAUGGUUGGUAAUAUAAGGCAAGAUCAAAUGAUGAGGCUGUCUCUGAAGAUGUCAGAGUGUAAAUAUUUGGAGGAGUCAUUUUUCAAGGAUACGUUACGUUGCAUCAUAAUUUGCUUUCCUCUCUGAUUCAAUCUUACAGUCAUAAUUUACUUUCUUAUUAUUAUUUUGGUGUUGUUUAAAAUUUUGUUUUUUUCUUUCCCAGUUUUUAUUAUUCACAUAGAGCAAAACUAUUAUUUUUUUGCACAUAAAAA